CAAGAGCGUUGAUAGAGUGAAGGGUAAAAGUCGUCUGCUACAGCGAGCGUCGGCUUUUUCCAAAUUUCUAGGUUCAGCUCCUUAUCUCUCUAUCUCUCGCUCAGGUGAUCAUAUUAGUCUUCUGUCUAUCAUCUUCUUCUCUUUCGGUGAUUUUGGCGUAACAUUCUAGGGCAGAGUGGAAUUGGAGAGUCUAUUCAGGAGAUCUCGGUUGUCUUCAAUCGGAUCUGAGCUGAGACACGAGAGGAUAGAGAGGAGAAUAGAGGAUUCGUGUCUGGUGAAGCUUUUCGUGUUUGAUCCCUCACUGGAUCUGAGAGGAGAUGGCCUUAUCUGGAAUGAGAGGUCUCUCCGUCUUCAUUAGCGAUGUUCGAAAUUGCCAGAACAAAGAGCAGGAAAGGCUCAGGGUUGAUAAAGAGCUUGGCAACAUUAGGACUCGUUUCAAAAAUGAAAAGGGUUUGACACCUUAUGAGAAGAAGAAAUAUGUUUGGAAAAUGCUCUACAUAUAUAUGCUGGGAUAUGAUGUAGAUUUUGGUCACAUGGAAUCUGUGUCUUUAAUAUCUGCACCAAAGUAUCCAGAAAAGCAGGUUGGAUACAUUGUGACUUCAUGCUUGCUUAAUGAGAACCAUGACUUUCUCAGAUUGGCCAUUAAUACUGUACGCAAUGAUAUUAUUGGGCGCAAUGAAACCUUUCAGUGCUUGGCAUUGACCAUGGUUGGAAAUAUCGGUGGGAGGGAGUUUGCUGAAUCAUUGGCGCCUGAUGUCCAAAAAUUGCUUAUGUCCAGUAGCUGUAGACCACUUGUCAGAAAGAAGGCUGCCUUGUGUCUUCUUCGCCUGUACAGAAAAAAUCCUGAUGUUGUUAAUGUAGAUGGCUGGUCAGAUCGUAUGGCACAGCUUUUGGAUGAGCGUGAUCUGGGAGUUUUGACGUCUGUUAUGAGCCUUCUUGUUGCUUUAGUGUCGAAUAAUCAUGAUGCAUAUUGGAGUUGUCUUCCAAAAUGCGUUAAGAUCUUGGAGAGGCUUGCUAGGAACCAAGAUGUCCCACAAGAAUAUACAUACUAUGGUAUCCCAUCUCCCUGGCUACAGGUUAAGACAAUGAGGGCUCUUCAAUACUUUCCGGCAAUUGAAGAUCCGAAUAUUAGAAGAUCACUUUUUGAGGUUUUACAACGUAUUCUAAUGGGAACUGAUGUUGUGAAAAAUGUUAACAAGAAUAAUGCAUCACAUGCUGUUCUCUUUGAAGCCCUCGCAUUGGUCAUGCAUCUUGAUGCUGAAAAGGAAAUGAUGUCUCAGUGUGUUGCGUUGCUUGGGAAGUUUAUUGCUGUCCGUGAGCCCAAUAUCCGAUAUCUUGGAUUGGAGAAUAUGACCCGGAUGUUGAUGGUGGCAGAUGUGCAGGAUAUUAUUAAGAGGCACCAAUCCCAGAUCAUUACAUCAUUGAAGGAUCCUGAUAUCAGUAUUCGAAGGCGUGCUCUCGAUUUACUUUAUGGCAUGUGCGAUGUUACAAAUGCAAAGGACAUAGUUGAAGAAUUGUUGCAGUAUCUGAACACUGCAGACUUUGCGAUGCGUGAAGAAUUGGCUCUCAAAGCUGCUAUUCUUGCAGAAAAGUUUGCCCCUGAUCUAUCAUGGUAUGUUGAUGUGAUUCUUCAGUUGAUUGACAAGGCAGGGGAUUUUGUCAGUGAUGACAUAUGGUUUCGUGUAGUGCAGUUUGUUACAAAUAAUGAAGAUCUACAGCCUUAUGCGGCGGCGAAGGCCAAAGAGUAUAUGGACAAGCCUGCUAUACAUGAGACAAUGGUGAAGGUCAGUGCUUAUCUCCUUGGGGAGUACAGCCAUCUUUUGGCAAGAAGAGCUGGGUGUAGUCCAAAGGAAAUCUUCACCAUUAUACAUGAGAAGCUUCCUACCGUAUCGACUGCUACUGUUUCUAUUCUUCUUUCAACAUAUGCUAAGGUCAUGAUGCACACUCAACCUCCAGAUCCAGAAUUACAAGACCAUAUUUGGGCAAUCUUCAACAAGUAUGAAAGUUGCAUUGAUAUAGAGAUACAGCAGCGAGCUGUUGAAUAUUUUGCAUUGAGUAGGAAAGGUGCAGCUUUAAUGGAUAUACUCGCCGAAAUGCCGAAGUUCCCAGAGCGGCAGUCAUCAUUACUCAAAAAAGCUGAAGAUACUGAAGUUGAUACUGCGGAGCAAAGUGCCAUCAAGUUGCGAGCCCAGCAGCAGAUGUCAAAUGCAUUGGUUGUAACUGAUCAGCGUUCUUCUAAUGGAUCUCUACCUGUUGGGCAAUUUGGCCUUGUUAAAAUGCCAAGCAUCGGCAGUAAUGCUGAUGCUAAUGCAGCAGACCAAGGGUUGGCCCAUGCAAAUGGGACUUUGAGCACUGUCGAUCCUCAACCUGCUACACCCUCAGCAGAUCUUAUUGGUAAUCUUUUGGAUCCACUUGCCAUUGAGGGUCCACCUGAAGCUGCUUUUUCAGAUCAGAAAAAUGUUGUCCCUGGAUUAGAGGGUGUACUUGAUGCGUUGGCACUUGCUCCUGUUGGAGAGCAAUCAAAUUCAGUUCAGCCAAUAGAAAACAUUGCUGAAAGGUUUGAUGCUUUGUGCCUAAAGGACAGCGGUGUGCUAUACGAGGACCCUUAUAUCCAGAUUGGCACAAAAGCAGAAUGGCGAGCCCACCAUGGACGUCUUGUUCUUUUCUUGGGAAAUAAGAAUACCUCCCCUCUUGUAUCUGUCAAAGCUUUGAUAUUACCUCCCGCCCACUUGAAGACGGAGCUCUCGUUAGUACCUGAAACUAUUCCUCCGAGGGCGCAGGUGCAAUGUCCACUUGAAAUUGUGAAUCUUCGCCCAAGCAGGGAUUUAGCUGUUCUUGAUUUUUCAUAUAAGUUUGGAACUAUUGUGGUCAAUGCCAAGCUUCGUCUUCCAGCUGUCUUGAACAAAUUUUUGCAGCCUAUAUCUUUGGCUGCCGAAGAGUUUUUUCCUCAAUGGAGAUCACUUUCUGGCCCUCCUUUAAAGCUUCAAGAAGUGGUUAGAGGUGUAAGACCAUUAUCUCUUACGGAGAUGUCCAACUUAUUCAACAGCUUUCACAUAAUGGUUGCACCUGGCCUUGAUCCAAAUCCAAACAAUCUGGUUGCAAGCACAACCUUUUUCUCUGAAAGUACUCGGGCCAUGCUUUGCUUGCUUAGAGUUGAAACAGAUCCAUCAGAUAGAACACAACUCCGAAUGACAGUUGCUUCAGGAGAACCAACACUUACAUUUGAGUUGAAGGAGUUCAUCAAGGAGCAAUUAAUUAGCAUUCCUACACCGACUCCUGCACUGUCACCAGCACCAACACUAGCACUAGCACAGGCACAGCCUGUAAGCCCAACUACAAGUGUAACGGAUCCUGGUGCCAUGCUUGCUGGGUUGCUUUAAGAGGAGGGAAUUGAAUGUUGUGUGCAGAAUUUUUUUUUACAUAGACGGUUGUACCUGAUUUAGACAUCCUAGCACUGUUCAGUGCCUCAAAUUGCAGAGGCAGGGGAAGAAUUGGUACAAUGCAAGGGCUGGCGGAGUUGAGAUUAGCAGGUUGUGACGGCUUAGUAUUUGAGUGGAUGUUCUUUCUUUCUUUCUUUUUUAGGUUGGAUUGAGGGAUUCUAGAUUCUUUUGGGGGUAUGUACUUGGUGUCAUUGGUGAGGUGGUGAUAUGUAGGUAAUGGUUAUUAGGAUACACAGUUUCUGUAAUCUGAUGAUAGUCAAGAAUGAGGAAAUGCAUGAGGUAGUCCUUGUAACAGUUUGCAUUUGUGAUUUAUCCAUAUUGAUAUAUCAAUAAGAGCAAGAAUGAAUGAGAAAGAAAUCACAGUUUCCCACUC